UGUGUGUUUGUGAGAUGGCAGAAGCCAGUAUAUCAUGGGCUCAGGAUCAGUUCAGAUGUUCAGUAUGUUGGGAUCUCCUGAAGGAUCCAGUGACUGUUCCCUGUGGACACACUUACUGUAUGAGAUGUAUCACAGACUGCUGGGAUCAAGAGGAUCUGAGAGGAAUCUACAGAUGUCCUCAAUGCAGAGAAAACUUCAGUCCACGACCUGUUUUAGGGAAGAAUGUGGUGGUCGCUGAGAUGGUGGAGAAACUGAAGAAGACAAGAAUUGAAGUUAGUGGAGAUGUGAAGUGUGACGUCUGUACUGGAAGAAAACUCAAAGCCAUCAAAUCCUGUCUGAUGUGUCUGAACUCUUACUGUCAAACUCAUCUUGAUCAACAUGAGAAUUUCUUCAGAGGUAAAAGACACAACUUGGUAGAAGCCACCGGACAACUGCAGGAGAUGAUUUGCUCUCGACAUGAUAAAAUGAUUGACAUGUACUGCCGAACUGACCAGCGAUGUAUUUGUAUGUUGUGUAUGGUGGAUGAACACAGAAAUCAUGACACUGUAUCCAUAUCAACAGCAAGCGCAGAGAAACAGAAUGAAGUUAAUCAGAAGAUCCAGGAAAGAGAGAAAGAUCUUCAGAAGCUCAGAGAGACGGUGGACUCUUAUAAGAGAUCUGCACAGACAGCAGUGGAGGACUGUGAGAUGAUGUUUACUCAACUGAUCUCUGAAGUAACACAACUGAUCAGAGAUCAGGAGAAGACUGCAGUGAGUCGAGCUGAAGGACUUUUGGAGGGACUGAAGCGAGAGAUUGAAGAUUUAAAGAGGAAAGAUGCUGAAAUAAAGACGCUUUCACAAACACAAGAUCACUUUCAGUUUCUUCAGGUAAAUAAACACAUGGAGAUACAGCGAUUACAGUUAAAACUAGAUUGGUACAUUUGUGAAGAAAAUUCUCUUUCUCUCUCUGGAUCUACAGAAAACUUCAAUAUCACUCCCGACGUCUCUUUUGAUGCUGUUAUGAAAUCAAUUACUCAGUACAGAGAGAAACUGCAGCGUUUCUGCAGAGAAGAGAUGAAGAAGAUUUCUGUGACAAACACCCAGAUGAGUUUGAUUGCUGAACCCAGAAACAGGAGGGAAUUCCUGCAAUGUUUCCAUCAGUUCACACUGGAUCCAAACACGGCAAAUUAUGGUAUUAAACUGUCCGAAUGGAAUAAAGCGGGUACACUCGUAACUUCACGCCAGCCGUAUGUGGAUCAUCCUGACAGAUUUGACCGGUGGACCCAGGUUUUCUGCACAGAAGGUGUGAAUGGCCGCUGUUAUUGGGAGGUAGAGUGGACUGGACAGGGAAAGUUGGGUGUAGAUAUAGCAGUGGCGUAUAAGAGCAUGAGCAGAAAGGGAAUUGGUCUUGACUCUGCAGUUGGACGUAAUGAUCAAUCCUGGAAUUUAUUCUGCAGCCCGAGUUAUUAUUCAUUCAUGCACAAUAACAUGGAGACGAUUAUUUCUAUUAACCCAACCAUCUCAAGAAUAGGAGUGUAUGUGGAUCACAGUGCAGGAAUAUUAUCUUUCUACAGCGUCUCAGACACAAUGACCCUCAUUCACAGAGUUCAGACAACAUUCACCCAACCUCUCUAUCCUAUGUUUGGUCUGGAUGAGCGUACGGCAUUCAGACUGUCAUCUAACAUUAAUAAUGAUAUAGAGAUUCUGCAAAUAGCAUUUUUUUCAUAUUAAAGCUGCACAAUAAACCCAUAAAAGCUCAUUCA